UUUUGUAGAUUUUGUUGGCAUCAAUUACGUAUCGGAGGAAAAACAAACAUUACAUCUGGUCGCCGGAUUGGGUUCGCCACGGACACACAGUUCACCAAAAAGUUUGACAGACAGUUGAUAGUGGGGGAAUCUAUCAAAAUGUUUCUAGAAACUUUAAUGUCGAUUGGACUUAGUGAACAGAAAGCUAAAGAAACAGCUAAAAAUGAAAAGCUGUUAAAGGAAUUAGUUACUAUAAUAGAAUUGGCAAAAAAAUACUCUUCGAAUGGAAUUCCUAAAGCUGUAGGCAACCUAUUGUAUAAUGUUGCUUGCAAAGUAAAACCUCAGAUACAGUCAAAAGUUGAGUUGCUUGUAGAGUAUGUUGCCCAAGGAAAAAUUGACAGUGAAAUUAAAUUAAAUGCUGCUUUUUCAUAUUUAAUGGAUCAUGCUGAUGAAAAUACAAACUUAAAAGAGUUUGAAAAAAAUGCCGGAGUUGGAAUAUCAGUCACACCUGAAGAAAUUGAAAAAACUGUUGAAAAGGUCAUAGCUGCUCAUCGUGAAACACUUAUCAAAGAAAGAUAUUUCUUUAAUCAAGGGUUAUUGAUGGCUGAAGCUCGUAAAGCACUUCCAUUUGCUGAUGGUAAAUUUAUUAGAAGUGAGGUAGAACUUCAAGUUUUAGAUGUAUUGGGACCAAAAACGGAGGCUGAUAAAAUAAAGCCAGUAAAAACAAAAGUUAAAGAAAAAAAGGAAAAUAUUGUUUCCAACAAAGAGAAAGAAGUUGAAGUAGAAAGUCGUUCAAUUAAUGAUGUGAUGAAAAAGCUCAGCUUUCAUAAACCUGGUGAAAAUUAUAAAACAGAUGGAUUUGUUAUAACACCAAAUACAAUGGAACUUCUUAAGAAACAUUUAGAAGAAACUAAAGGACAGGUACGCACUAGAUUCCCUCCUGAACCAAAUGGCAUAUUGCAUAUUGGGCAUGCUAAAGCAAUAAACAUUAAUUUUGGUUAUGCGCAAGCACAUGAUGGUAUUUGUUUUUUACGAUUUGAUGACACUAAUCCAGAAAAGGAAGAAGAAAAGUUCUUCAGAGAAAUUGUUGAGAUGGUAAAUUGGCUAGGUUACAAGCCUUCAAUAAUAAGUCAUUCAUCAGAUUAUUUUGACCAGUUGUAUGAAUUUGCCUGUACUCUCAUUAAGAAGGAUUUAGCAUAUAUUUGCCAUCAAAAGCAGGAAGAGUUAAAAGGAUUCAAUCCACCUCCAUCUCCUUGGAGGAAUCGUCCAGUCAAGGAAAGUCUUCAGCUGUUUCAAGAUAUGAAAAAUGGUAAAAUCGGUGAAGGUGAGGCUACUUUACGAAUGAAGUUAACUUUAGAAGAAGGGAAACAAGACCCAGUUGCCUAUCGUAUUAAAUUCCUUCCCCAUCAUAGAACAGGUGAUAAAUGGUGUAUCUAUCCCACAUAUGACUUUACUCAUUGUCUUUGUGAUUCUCUGGAAAAUAUCACUCAUUCCUUAUGUACAAAAGAGUUUCAAUCUAGGCGAUCUUCAUAUUAUUGGUUAUGCAAUGCAUUGGAUAUUUAUUGUCCUGUACAGUGGGAAUAUGGUAGAUUAAAUAUGAAUUACACUGUAAUAUCAAAAAGGAAAAUCCAGAAAUUGAUUUCAGAAGGUAUUGUGAGGGACUGGGAUGACCCUAGACUUUUUACAUUAACAGCUUUACGUCGCCGUGGUUUUCCCUCUGAGGCUAUACAAAGUUUCUGUGUUGAGCUUGGUGUAACUGGAGCUCAAUCUGUAGUUGACCCUCAAAUGCUUGAAGCACAUGUGAGAAAUGUGCUAAAUGUUACUGCACCAAGAGCUAUGGCAGUUUUGGAGCCUCUAAAAGUCAAAGUCAGCCUAAAUAUAGAAACACCUAUUUUAGUUGAUGUUCCUAAUUUUCCUGCUGAUUCUUCAAAAGGAACACACAAAGUCACAUUUUCAGAUGUCAUAUACAUUGAACAGUCUGAUUUUAAAGAGGUGUUACCAAAUAGUCAAUAUAAGAGAUUAACCAUUGCUCAACCAGUUGGACUUAGGCAUACUGGAUAUGUUAUAUCUGUUACAGAAGUUAUCAAGGAUGAAAACAAAGGAAUUAAAGAAGUUAGAGCUAUUGGUACACCAGUCAGUGCAACUAACAAGCCAAAAGCAUUUAUUCAUUGGGUAGCUGAUCCGAUUAUAUGUGAAGUUAGACUCUAUGACCGAUUAUUUCAUCACAAAAACCCUGAAGAUCCUAAAGAGGUACCUGGUGGAUUUGUCUCUGACUGUAAUCUAGAAUCUCUUAAAUGCAUACCAAAUGCUAUGGUAGAUCAGUCUGUGAAGGGAGCUAAACUCUAUGAUCGAUUCCAGUUCGAAAGGCUUGGCUUCUUUAGUAUUGACAAGGAUUCUAGUGAUAAUAAAUUGGUGUUUAAUCAAACAGUUAGCUUGAAAGAAGAUGCAGGAAAAGAAUGAAGAGUGCUUUAGGAACUUUACAAAAUGUAUUUGCUUUUAAUAAAACUGUUUAUGAAUGA